UGAAUUUCGGGAGCGCACAAACUAAAAUCCUAAAAUUUCAAAGAUGAAAGCAAAGAGUACAGGGAGAAGAACAUUGCCUUGGAAUAGGAAUUCAGCAGUAAAAGGAAGAGCUUUCCGAAUUUGUUACUGUGAGAUAUGGCAAAAGACAGGGACUGCAGCGUGGGCCUUAGAUUCCAUGAGGAUGGCCUCAUAAUUUAAGAUAAUAACUGUACUAGUAUUUUUACAUUUAUUUUAUAUUGUUGUACUAACAAAUGUUGAACACUUUUUAGCCCAUAUUUUAUUAUUAUUUUCUGUUAAUUUUCUUAUUUGUUGAGGAAAAUCUUCUACCAUUUUCUCUGUUGUCAUGCUCUAAACGUUUCGAUCCUAGCUGCUUGCUUACACGUCUUCGGAUCCAAGGAUAAAAUCUCAGAACAAGCUAUACUUUCUUCUUAUUUUCCUUCUUGUAAUUUUUCAGAUCACACUAAUUGCUAUAAGAAAGAUUUACAUAUAUACUGUGAUUUUGAUUUUACUGCUUUUAUGGGUGAAAUAUUGGGGAAGGUGUAGUUGAGGCGAAUUGAACUCGUUUGUUUCUCUUGUUUUUGUGUGUCGGUGUGCGUUGUUUCCAAUACUUAAGCUGAAUUACAGGCAAAUUAGUGUUGAAACCUCAGUUUUCUUUUAUGGAUUUGUACAAAAACUUGAUUUUUUCCUAGGUUGGUUUGAUGAAAUUAAGUUGGCGGAAUUUCAAAUUUUUUUUUUUUUUCCCUUUUUGUCUUUGGUGUGCUGAGUGUAUGGUAUGUUGAAUUAUGGAAACUAAGCGUGGGGGAAAGACAAAUCUUGUCUAUGGUCCAGCAGUAUCGGAUUUAAAGGCUGUGGGGAAGAAGAAAAUGGAGUGGGAUUUGAAUGACUGGAAAUGGGAUGGCGAUUUGUGUACAGCCACUCCAUUAAAUUCUGUAGCAGAUUGUAGAAGUGAACAUUUGUUUCCUGUUGAAGCUAAUAAUGAUGCACUGGAUGGGGAUGAAAUGCCAUUGGGAAAUGAGAGAGGAACGGAAUUGGAGAAAAGGAGGAGGGUUAUUGAUGUUGAAAAUGAAGAGGUGAAUGAUGGAAGUGGAUCACCUCAUCUGAAUCUUGGGGGGCAAGUAUAUCCCAUCACACGAGGGGACGUUGAUGUAGAUAAAUGGGAAGGGAAGAGUAAGAAGAAGAGUAAAAUUGCUGGUGCAUUGACUAAUGGCGCAGUUUGUCAAGUAGAGGAUUGUAGAGCAGAUUUGAGCAAUGCCAAAAAUUAUCACCGACGGCAUAAAGUGUGUGAUGUGCAUUCUAAGACCACCAAAGCUUUGGUGGGAAAUGUUAUGCAGCGAUUCUGUCAGCAGUGCAGCAGGUUUCAUGUGCUUCAAGAGUUUGACGAAGGCAAGCGGAGUUGUCGUAGACGACUAGCAGGUCACAACAAAAGGAGGAGGAAGACACAUCCAGAGAAUGUAGCUAAUGGAGCCUCUGUAAAUGAUGAGCGGGGUAGUAAUUAUUUAUUAGUUAGUCUCCUGAGGAUUCUCUCCAAUAUACAAUUGAACUCAGAUCAAACGAAGGAUCAGGAUCUGCUCCCUCAUCUUUUGAGAAACCUUGCAAGUCUUGCCGGGCCAAUUAAUGAGAGAGACGCAUCUGGAUUGCCCCCUAGAUUUGAGGAUACGAAAAAUACAGGGAUAUCUAUUAAGACUUCAGAAAAGGACCCUCCUUUGCCGGUUGAGCAACGUAUGAAAAUUUCUGCAUCUGGUGUGAGAGAAAAUAGAAUGCUUACUAAUAAUGCUCAAGACGGUGAUGUACAAAAAGAAUCUGCAUUUCUGUUUCCGUGGAAAGAAAGAAAUUCAUCCAUAGCAAAUGCUUCAGAUGCGAUGGUGGGAAGGGCGAAACCAAUUACCUUUGACUUAAAUAAUGUCUAUGAUGAUUCUCAAGACCAUGUAGAGAAUCUACUGGACCCUGUAGCUCCUCAAAAUAUUGGGAAUGUAUCUUCUGAUGGUCCUUUAUGUUUACAUACAGACCCUCACACAUCUACCGCACCUCAAAAUAGUGGAAACUCAUGUUCUAUAUCCACACAGUCACCAUCCAAUUCCAGUGGGGAGGCACAGAGUCGCACAGAUCGAAUUGUUUUUAAACUCUUCGGGAAAAAUCCAAGUGAAAUUCCUCCUGCCCUACGAAAACAGAUUCUUGACUGGUUGUCGCACAGUCCUGGUGACAUAGAAAGCUACAUCAGACCUGGUUGCAUCAUAUUGACAAUAUAUCUGCGAAUAGAUAAAUCCACUUGGGAGGAGCUACACUGUGAUCUAAGUUCCAGUUUGAGGAGACUUAUUGAUUCGUCAACUGAUUCAUUUUGGAGAACAGGGUGGAUUUAUGCUCGAGUGAGGCAGCAUGUUGCUUUUAUAUAUAAUGGUCAGGUUGUUCUAGACACACUCUUACCACUUAAAAACCAUAGAAGUUGCAGGAUAUCUAGUAUCAAGCCAAUUGCGGUUCCUGUCUCAGAGAAGGUUCAAUUUUUAGUUAGAGGCUUCAACUUGUCUCUCUUCACUGCGAGGUUACUGUGUGCAUUAGAAGGGAAAUAUCUAGUCCAGGAAAGUUGUGCUAAAGUCACAGGAGAAGCAGAUCCACUAAUUGAGCAUGAUGAGAUGCAGUCUCUUAGCUUCCCUUGCACAGUACCCAGUUUUAUGGGAAGGGGAUUCAUUGAGGUUGAGGAUCAUGGUCUUAGUAGCAGCUUCUUUCCAUUCAUUGUUGCUGAGAAGGACGUCUGUUCUGAAAUUUGUACACUGGAGAGAAUCAUUGAGGCAUCUGAAGUUUCUGGUGGCAUCGGGGGAGAUACUGAUAAACUAGAGGCUAGAAACCAAGCUUUGGAAUUUAUACAUGAAAUGGGUUGGCUUCUCCAUAAAAUCCACUUAAAGUUUAGGUUGGGUGAAACUAACGCCAACGUGGAUCCAUUUUCUUUCAGACGGUUCAGGUGGCUUGUUGAGUUCUCUGUUGAUCAUAAUUGGUGUGCUGUAGUUAGGAAACUUUUGGAUAUUCUGUAUGGUGGUAAUGUGGAUGCGGGGCAGCAUACAUCCGUUGCACUUGCAUUGAUGGAUAUUGGCCUUCUUCAUCGAGCUGUACGGACAAAUUGCCGGUCGAUGGUAGAACUCCUAUUAAGAUACCAUCAAGAUGAAUUUCUGAACAAAUCAGGAUGCGAACAUAAGCAACAUGAUGAGGACUCCUAUAUAUUUAAGCCUGACGCAGUGGGUCCUGGAGGAUUGACUCCGCUUCAUAUAGCAGCUAGUCUAGAUGGCUGUGAGAAUGUCUUAGAUGCAUUAACUGAAGAUCCUGGAUUGGUGGGGAUUGAAGUAUGGAAGGGCGCUCGAGACAGUACAGGAUUAACGCCCUACGAUUAUGCAUGUUUCCGUGGUCAUUUCUCAUAUAUUAAUCUCGUUCAGAGGAAAAUCAACAAGAUAGCAGAAAAUCGACACAUUGUUGACAUUCCAGGCACUCUUUUAGAUGGUAUCAUCAAGCACAAAGUGCCAAAUGAUGCAGAAAAAUCAGCAAAAUCAUCUGCUACCUUUGAAAGUGAGAAGGGGGUAGGAAGAGCAAAUGAGAGACAUUGUCAGCAGUGUGAGCAGAAACUGCGUUGUGGUAGGUCGUCCAGAUUAUCACUGGCAAUUUACCGACCGGCUAUGCUUUUUAUGGUUGCGAUUGCUGCAGUUUGUGUAUGUGUCGCUUUGCUAUUCAAAAGCUCACCCGAAGUUAUUUAUGUGUUCCAACCCUUCAGGUGGGAACAAUUGAAGUAUGGAUCAAGCUAAACUAGUUAUUUAUACAGGGUUGGUUCUUGAUUUCUGUAAGUUCUGUAGAAAUCAGCAAGUACUAAUAAGUAACAUUGAUUGAAUAUAGAGUGACCAAGUUAGGUAAUAUUUUAUUUGUCUAUGCUUGUUAAAAUUCUUGCUCAAAAUGAGAGUUGCUAUUAUUAUUUUUGCCACCCUAC